GGGAAAGGGAAGCGCAAGGGAUAUAAAAUAGGGCAUAGAAUGUUAUAUGAAGAAGGAAUCGGUGAAGAGUUCGAAGAACCAAAUAUAUAUGUCGGUUAUAAUUGCAAUGAUAUACUGAUACAACACAGGCACUAUGCUGCAGUUCGUUUUGAAAUAGUUAACAAUUCUAUCUAUAAUAUACACUUGGAUGUUUUUGCUAUUGAUGGCAUACAUAUAACGCAUGACAUUGUUGAUCGCAAAUUUCUAGAUAGUAUAUAUAAGGAAAAGGAUGAAAAUGACGACAAUGAAGAUUUUAAGUCGAAAAGCACGGAAAGUGGAGAGGAAAAAAAAUUUUUAGAGGAUGAAGAGGCACCUGUAUUUGUACCAGUACUGAAAGUAUCUUUCGAAAAUAAAUUUCGAGUUGCAGUAACACCAAAUGAUUGUCACAUGCUUGCAUAUCUGGAAAGAUAUAAUGAUCUGGAAGAAGUUGAAAUUGAUGCUUUUGACUUCAUAUUGGACUUCAAGUGGGAUUUGCACAAGAUUUUUUAUUCGUUUAUAAAAAAAAUGAAUCAAUUCAAAAAUUAUAAAAAACCUAAAUCAAAAGAAUUAUUUUUUAUUGAAAGUGUUUCGCUGAAAGGAAAACCCAGACUUCAACCAAGAGGGUUUGAGUUCUACGAUGAACUACCGGAGUUAACUGAUCUUCACGUAGCAAAAAGUAACACUCUCAUUGAACUGAUUCCACUUCAAAAUAUCGAUGAAAGAAUGCAAAACGAAUAUGCACAUUACAAAAAGGAUAUGCUUAAAUUUCCGCGAUUUAGAAAGCGAGAUCCAAAGGAUACGGAAAUUGAAUUUCCACCGAUAUUAAGCGUAAAGUAA